CUCAGGCCGUCAGUGUAGAUCGGCUCGCCAUGGCGGAAGGACGCAGAGACCCGCCGCUCCAUCCUCUCCUCUCCCUGCCACCGGCUAGCAAACGACCGUGCCUGCGCCCCGCUCCCCGGGGUCCCGGCCCCGGGCCCGGCCACGGCAGCGGGCUAUCCGCGUCCCGGCACCGCUCCCCGGAGUCCCUGCUGGACUGCGCGGCGAAGGCGGUGGCGGAGAAGUGGGCCUUCGAGAGGGUCGAGGAGCGCUUCGAACGGAUCCCGGAGCCCGUGCAGCGCCGCAUCGUCUACUGGUCUUUCCCCCGCAACGAGAAGGAGAUAUGCAUGUACUCGUCCUUUCAGUGCCGAGUAGCCGGCGAGGAGAGUCCGGCUGCGGCUACCGCCACGAGCGGGUCGGGGGGUGCCGGCUCCGGAGCCCCGACCGCCGCCAGCACCGCUGCUACGACGACGACGGCGGCGGCGGUGGGGACGAGCGGAGCGGUGGGAACCGGAGACGCGCUGCCUUUCCGCCGCGGGAUCAAGUUACUGGAGACCGGCUGCGUGGAGAACGUGUUACAAGUCGGUUUUCACCUGAGCGGCACCGUCACUGAGGCCGCCUCCCCCUCCGAGCCGGAGGUCACCCACAAGGUGGCCAUCAGCUUCGACCGCUGCAAGAUAACCUCCGUCACCUGCGGCUGUGGCAACCGCGACAUCUUCUACUGCGCCCACGUGGUGGCGCUGUCGCUCUACAGGAUCCGCAAACCUGAACAGGUGAAGCUCCGCCUUCCCAUCUCCGAGACCCUGUUCCAGAUGAACCGGGACCAGCUGCAGAAACUGGUCCAGUACCUGAUCACAGCCCACCACACGGAGGUCCUGCCUACGGCUCAGAAGCUGGCAGACGAGAUCCUCUCAUCCAACUCUGAGAUCAACCAGGUUCAUGGUGCUCCAGACCCCACCGCCGGCGCCAGCAUCGACGACGACAACUGCUGGCACCUGGACGAGGACCAAGUCCGGGAGCAGGUCAAGCAGUUUCUGUCCCAGGGAGGAUACUACGGCUCCGGCAAGCAGCUCAACUCCAUGUUCGCUAAGGUGCGUGAGAUGCUCCGGAUGCGAGACUCCAACGGCGCCCGGAUGCUGACUCUGAUUACGGAGCAGUUCAUGGCGGAUCCCCGACUGUCGCUAUGGAGACAGCAAGGCACAGGCAUGACGGACAAAUGCCGGCAGCUUUGGGACGAGCUGGGUGCAUUGUGGGUGUGCGUGGUGCUGAACCCGCACUGCAAGGGCGAGGAGAAGAGCGUGUGGGUGAAGCAGCUGAAGAGGUGGAGCGACAUGGACGUCUGCCCGCUGGAGGACGGCAACUACGGCAGCGAGCUCCCCAACAUCACCAACGCUCUACCGCAGAGCCACCUGGCCCAGGACUCCCUGUCCAGGCCCAGGAGGACCGUGUUCAGCCGGGCCGUGGAGGCCUGCAGCCUGCACUGGCAGGGCAGCCACCUGCAGAGGAUCAUCAGCAGCGACUACUACAUGUCCGCCUCCUACCACCGGGACCAGGACCGCCUGCUCUUCAACCCCCAGGGCCUGCCCCUCUGGCUGGACCACGUCCCCACCGCCUGCGCCCGGGUGGACGCCCUGCGUUCCCACGGUUACUCCCGGGAAGCCCUGCGGCUGGCGGUGGCCAUCAUCAACACGCUGCGUCUCCUGCAGCAGCGAGAGAUGGACAUCUACAAGCACCAAAAGAAAGAGCUGCUCCAGCGGGGUUUGACCACCACCACCAACCUGGAGGGCUGGGUGGGACACCCCCUGGACCCCAUCGGCUGCCUCUUUGCCACCCUGACGGAAACGUGCCGCGUGGACGACGACAGCACCAUGGACACCGGAGACGGUGAGGCCAGAAGUCCAGUCUACCAGCAUGUUCCAGUCUGGGGGAGUCCUGAUGGACUGGAGUCUUACCUGACCCUGGCCCUGGAGGUCACUCUGAUGGGGAUGGGCCAACAGAGGAUCAUGCCAGAGGGUCUUUACGCCCAGGACAAGGUUUGUCGCAACGAGGAGCAAAUAGUGUCAAAGCUGCAGGAGCUAGAACUGGACGAGCUGCUGGUGCAGACCCUGAGGAAGCAGGCCCUCCAACUUCUAGAAGCGGGACCCUUCAGUGGCCUGGGGGAGGUGGUCCACCGAGAGAGUGUCCCCAUGCACACCUUCGCCAAGUACCUGUUCUCGGCUCUGCUGCCGCAUGACACCGACCUGGCCUACAAGCUGGCUCUGCGCGCCAUGAGGCUGCCGGUCCUGGAGUCGUCGGUGGGCUCAGGGGACGCGGGCCACGCCCACCACGCCAUCUCCAUAGUUCCCAGUCGCUACCCCCGCUGGUUCACUCUGGGACACCUGGAGUCCCAGCAGUGCGAGCUAGCAUCCACCAUGCUAACCGCGGCUAAAGGAGACAUGCUGAGACUGAGGACGGUGCUGGAGGCCAUCCAGAAGAACAUCCACUCCUCCUCCCUCAUCUACAAGCUGGCCCAGGACGCCUUCAAGAUAGCAACACCCGCAGACAGUCCCGCUGACAUCACCCUGCUCAAUGUGGCCCUGGAGCUGGGCCUGCAGGUGAUGAGGAUGACAUUGUCCACUCUGAACUGGAGGAGGAGAGAGAUGGUCCGCUGGUUGGUCACCUGUGCCACUGAAGUCGGUCUCCGGGCGCUGGUGAGCAUCCUGCAGGGCUGGUACACGCUCUUCACGCCCACCGAGGCCACCAGCAUCGUGGCGGCCACCGUCAUGUCCCACAACACCAUCCUGCGCCUCAGCCUGGACUACCCCCAGCGGGAGGAGCUGGCCAGCUGCGCCCGGACGCUGGCGCUGCAAUGCGCAAUGAAGGACCCGCAGAACUGCGCCCUGUCGGCGCUCACGCUCUGCGAGAAGGACCACAUCGCCUUCGAGACGGCCUACCAGAUCGUGAUCGACGCCGCGUCCACCGGCAUGACGUACUCGCAGCUCUUCACCAUCGCCCGCUACAUGGAGCACCGGGGCUACCCGCUGCGUUCCUUCAAGCUGGCCUCCCUGGCCAUGACCCACCUGAACCUGGCCUACAACCAGGACACGCACCCGGCCAUCAACGACGUCCUGUGGGCCUGCGCGCUCAGCCACUCCCUGGGCAAGAACGAGCUGGCCGCCAUCAUCCCCCUGGUGGUGAAGAGCGUCCACUGCGCCACGGUCUUGUCGGACAUCCUGCGCCGGUGCACCAUGACGGCGCCGGGGCUGGCCGGCAUCCCCGGCCGGCGCAACUCCGGCAAGCUGAUGUCGACGGACAAGGCGCCGCUCCGGCAGCUGCUGGACGCCACCAUCUCGGCGUACAUCAACACCACGCACUCUCGGCUGACCCACAUCAGUCCCAGGCACUACGGCGAGUUCAUCGAGUUCCUCAGCAAAGCCCGGGAGACUUUCCUGCUGGCCCAGGACGGCCACAUCCAGUUCGCCCAGUUCAUAGACAACCUGAAGCAGAUCUACAAGGGCAAGAAGAAACUCAUGAUGCUGGUCCGGGAGCGCUUCGGUUGACCCGGGACCACUUUCAGGAAGUGGCUCCGCGCUAUUCAAGACUUUUUUUCUUUCUACUUCUUCAGUUGAGCCAUUUUGUUUGGGUUUUGAAUGUGAACCAGGAAGCUCCGGAUGUCCAAGAUCCCUCCGAGCAACGAAUGUCACGUGAGGGGGGAAAAACUCACCAGGAGAUUGUGAAAACUAGCUUUUGUGUGGCAGGCAAUAGGAAAAACCGCAGAGUCCAAAAAAAGACGGACGUGUGCCUGGGUCCGACUGUACUUGUCAGCUUUAGGGCCUCUCGGUUCAUUCAGGGCAACACAAGACCCGACCGAGCACGUGCGUUGACAAAGUCCAAAGAUCAGACCAGCUCCGGAGGCCAGUUUUGGGGGGAGAUUGACCAUUACCUCACCGUUCAGGUCUGGGAGUUGCUCGGAGUCCUGCGUGGUCCUUGUCAGCAACCGUCAGUGGCGUCAGCUCUUUCCAUAGCCAGACUUCCUCUUUCACAUUCCUAAAUAAAGUCCUUUGGUUGCUGGGUCACACCUCCUGAAAUGUAAGCCACAGUCCACACACACGGACUAGGACCGAGCAGCUGAGCCACUAGGGCGAGGGGGUCCACACACACGGACUAAAACAGAGCGUCUUAGGUACUAGGGCGGGAAGGUGUCCACACACACAGACUAGGACCGAGCUUCUGAGUCACUAAGGCAGGGGUGUCCAAACACAGACAGACUAGGACCAAGCAUCUGAGCCACUAGGGCGGGGAUCCGCACACACGGACUAGGACUGAGCAUCUGAGCCACUAGGGCAGGGGUGUCCGCACACACACGGACUAGGACCGAGCGUCCAAGCCACUAGGGCGGUGGUGUCCACACACACACGGACUAGGACCAAGCAUCCGAGCCACUAGGGCGGUGGUGUGCGCACACACACGGACUAGGACCGAGUGUCCGAGCCACUAGGGCGAGGUGUCCGCACACACAUGGACUAGGACCAAGCACCUGAGCCACUAGGGCGGUGGUGUCCGCACACUCACGGACUAGGACCGAGUGUCCGAGCCACUAGGGCGGUGGUGUCCACACACACACCGACUAGGACUGAGCAUCCGAGCCACUAGAGCGGGGGUGUCCACACACACGGACUAGAACCGAGCGUUUAAACCACUAGGGAGGGAAGGUGUCUACACACACGGACUAGGACCGAGCUUCUGAGCCACUAGGGCGGGGGAGUCCAUACACACGGACUAGGACCGAGCGUCUAAACCACUAGGGAGUGAAGGUGUCUACACACAAGGACUAGGACCAAUCAUCUGAGCCACUAGGGCGGGGAUCCGCACACACGGACUAGGACCGAGCGUCCGAGCCACUAGGGCGGUGGUAUCCACAUACGCACGGACUAGGACCAAGCAUCCGAGCCACUAGGGCGAGGUGUCCGCACACACACGGACUAAGACCGAGUGUCCGUUCCACUAGGGGGAAAGUGUCCGCACACACACAGACUAGGACCAGGUAUCUGAGCCACUAGGGCGGGUGUGUCCACACACACACGGACUAGGACCAAGCAUCCGAGCCACUAGGGCAAGGUGUCCGCACACACACGAACUAGGACCAAGCAUCCGAGCCACUAGGGCAAGGUGUCCGCACACACACGGACUAAGACCGAGUGUCCGUUCCACUAGAGGGAGAGUGUCCGCACACACACGGACUAGGACCGAGUGUCCGAGCCACUAGGGCGAGGGGGUCCGCACACACACGGACUAGGACCAAGCAUCUGAGCCACUAGGGCGGGGGUGUCUGCACACACACGGACUAAGACCGAGUGUCCGUUCCACUAGGGCAGGGGUGUCCACAUACACACGGACUAGGAACGAGCGUCCGAGCCACUAGGGCGGGGGAUCCGCAUACACACGGACUAAGACCGAGUGUCCGUCCCACUAGGGCGAGGGGAUCCGCACACACACGGACUAAGACUGAGUGUCCGUUCCACUAGGGGGAGCGUGUCCGCACACACACGGACUAGGACCAAGUGUUCGAGCAACUAGGGCGGGGGUGUCCACACACACACGGACUAGGACCAAGUGUUCGAGCAACUAGGGCGGGGGUGUCCACACACACACGGACUAGGACCAAGCAUCCGAGCCACUAGGGCGGGGGUGUCCACACACACACGGACUAGGACCAAGUGUUCGAGCAACUAGGGCGGGGGUGUCCACACACACACGGACUAGGACCAAGCAUCUGAGCCACUAGGGCGGGGGAUCCGCACACAUGAACUAAGACCGAGCCACUAGGGCGGGGGUGUCCGCACACACACACGGACUAGAACCAACCGUCCGAGCCACUAGGGCGGGGGUGUCCACACACACACGGACUAGAACCAAGCGUCCGAGCAACUAGGGCGGGGGUGUCCACACACACACGGACUAGGACCAAGCAUCUGAGCCACUAGGGCGGGGGAUCCGCACACAUGAACUAAGACCGAGCCACUAGGGCGGGGGUGUCCGCACACACACAUGGACUAGAACCAACCGUCCGAGCCACUAGGGCGGGGGUGUCCACACACACACGGACUAGGACCAAGUGUUCGAGCAACUAGGGCGGGGGUGUCCACACACACACGGACUAGGACCAAGUGUUCGAGCAACUAGGGCGGGGGUGUCCACACACACACGGACUAGGACCAAGCAUCCGAGCCACUAGGGCGGGGGUGUCCACACACACACGGACUAGGACCAAGCAUCCGAGCCACUAGGGCGGUGGUGUGCGCACACACACGGACUAGGACCGAGUGUCCGAGCCACUAGGGCGAGGUGUCCGCACACACAUGGACUAGGACCAAGCACCUGAGCCACUAGGGCGGUGGUGUCCGCACACUCACGGACUAGGACCGAGUGUCCGAGCCACUAGGGCGGUGGUGUCCACACACACACCGACUAGGACUGAGCAUCCGAGCCACUAGAGCGGGGGUGUCCACACACACGGACUAGAACCGAGCGUUUAAACCACUAGGGAGGGAAGGUGUCUACACACACGGACUAGGACCGAGCUUCUGAGCCACUAGGGCGGGGGAGUCCAUACACACGGACUAGGACCGAGCGUCUAAACCACUAGGGAGUGAAGGUGUCUACACACAAGGACUAGGACCAAUCAUCUGAGCCACUAGGGCGGGGAUCCGCACACACGGACUAGGACCGAGCGUCCGAGCCACUAGGGCGGUGGUAUCCACAUACGCACGGACUAGGACCAAGCAUCCGAGCCACUAGGGCGAGGUGUCCGCACACACACGGACUAAGACCGAGUGUCCGUUCCACUAGGGGGAAAGUGUCCGCACACACACAGACUAGGACCAGGUAUCUGAGCCACUAGGGCGGGUGUGUCCACACACACACGGACUAGGACCAAGCAUCCGAGCCACUAGGGCAAGGUGUCCGCACACACACGAACUAGGACCAAGCAUCCGAGCCACUAGGGCAAGGUGUCCGCACACACACGGACUAAGACCGAGUGUCCGUUCCACUAGAGGGAGAGUGUCCGCACACACACGGACUAGGACCGAGUGUCCGAGCCACUAGGGCGAGGGGGUCCGCACACACACGGACUAGGACCAAGCAUCUGAGCCACUAGGGCGGGGGUGUCUGCACACACACGGACUAAGACCGAGUGUCCGUUCCACUAGGGCAGGGGUGUCCACAUACACACGGACUAGGAACGAGCGUCCGAGCCACUAGGGCGGGGGAUCCGCAUACACACGGACUAAGACCGAGUGUCCGUCCCACUAGGGCGAGGGGAUCCGCACACACACGGACUAAGACUGAGUGUCCGUUCCACUAGGGGGAGCGUGUCCGCACACACACGGACUAGGACCAAGUGUUCGAGCAACUAGGGCGGGGGUGUCCACACACACACGGACUAGGACCAAGUGUUCGAGCAACUAGGGCGGGGGUGUCCACACACACACGGACUAGGACCAAGCAUCCGAGCCACUAGGGCGGGGGUGUCCACACACACACGGACUAGGACCAAGUGUUCGAGCAACUAGGGCGGGGGUGUCCACACACACACGGACUAGGACCAAGCAUCUGAGCCACUAGGGCGGGGGAUCCGCACACAUGAACUAAGACCGAGCCACUAGGGCGGGGGUGUCCGCACACACACACGGACUAGAACCAACCGUCCGAGCCACUAGGGCGGGGGUGUCCACACACACACGGACUAGAACCAAGCGUCCGAGCAACUAGGGCGGGGGUGUCCACACACACACGGACUAGGACCAAGCAUCUGAGCCACUAGGGCGGGGGAUCCGCACACAUGAACUAAGACCGAGCCACUAGGGCGGGGGUGUCCGCACACACACAUGGACUAGAACCAACCGUCCGAGCCACUAGGGCGGGGGUGUCCACACACACACGGACUAGGACCAAGUGUUCGAGCAACUAGGGCGGGGGUGUCCACACACACACGGACUAGGACCAAGUGUUCGAGCAACUAGGGCGGGGGUGUCCACACACACACGGACUAGGACCAAGCAUCCGAGCCACUAGGGCGGGGGUGUCCACACACACACGGACUAGGACCAAGUGUUCGAGCAACUAGGGCGGGGGUGUCCACACACACACGGACUAGGACCAAGCAUCUGAGCCACUAGGGCGGGGGAUCCGCACACAUGAACUAAGACCGAGCCACUAGGGCGGGGGUGUCCGCACACACACACGGACUAGAACCAACCGUCCGAGCCACUAGGGCGGGGGUGUCCACACACACACGGACUAGAACCAAGCGUCCGAGCAACUAGGGCGGGGGUGUCCACACACACACGGACUAGGACCAAGCAUCUGAGCCACUAGGGCGGGGGAUCCGCACACAUGAACUAAGACCGAGCCACUAGGGCGGGGGUGUCCGCACACACACAUGGACUAGAACCAACCGUCCGAGCCACUAGGGCGGGGGUGUCCACACACACACGGACUAGGACCAAGUGUUCGAGCAACUAGGGCGGGGGUGUCCACACACACACGGACUAGGACCAAGUGUUCGAGCAACUAGGGCGGGGGUGUCCACACACACACGGACUAGGACCAAGCAUCCGAGCCACUAGGGCGGGGGUGUCCACACACACACGGACUAGGACCAAGUGUUCGAGCAACUAGGGCGGGGGUGUCCACACACACACGGACUAGGACCAAGCAUCUGAGCCACUAGGGCGGGGGAUCCGCACACAUGAACUAAGACCGAGCCACUAGGGCGGGGGUGUCCGCACACACACACGGACUAGAACCAACCGUCCGAGCCACUAGGGCGGGGGUGUCCACACACACACGGACUAGAACCAAGCGUCCGAGCCACUAGGGCGGGGGUGUCCACACACACACGGACUAGGACCAAGCAUCUGAGUCACUAGGGCGGGGGAUCCGCACACAUGGACUAGGACCGAGCCCCUAGGGCGGGGGUGUCCAAACUACGUUUAUUAAAGAACUUCAUUGCACCUAUCUGACAGGAUCAUUGCUGCACCUUUGUCGCCAUCUUGUGGACAUUGUGACUAAUGCAGGUUAGUGACUAUGAAUUGCACGUGGAAGUGUGCGCAGGAUUUACUGAUACGACCCAAAACAAACAAAGUUAGGACACCCCUGCACUCAGUAAGAAGCUAAAUACAUUUGUAAAAGCAUUAAACAAAACAAAAAGUACAGUAGUACCUCUGUUGUUGUCAGAAAUAUUAGGAGCCUUGCACUCACCACAGUUGUCCUCCUUAGUGACUCCAACAUCAUCUAUCACACACACACACACACACACACACACACACACACACGUAAAAAGGCAGUAGGUGAACUGGAGGUCCUACCCUACACUACAGUCCAGAUUGAGUGUGAAUGUGAAAGACAUGACUGAUGCUUCCCUUCUCCGAGGUCCCAAGUACGAAAGACUAGUAUUUUCUGGCAUUGGUCAGGCAGUCGCUUCUUGUACAUAAAAAAAAAAAAUGGCUUCCUAGUUCCUGUUCCUUUGCUCCUGGGACUGAAGUCACGUGACACAAAUACCUCUCCGACGUCCCUGCCUGGCGCAAACGUGGACCCGGGUGUUGUUGACCCGCGCCGUUUGGAUGAGUUUUUCUUCUCGGAAGACAUCAAACGAGGCUAUCCUUAGUUCUCAGGGACAUGGCUUAAAGGAAACACACAAAAAAAGGAGCAGCAUUUAAAUAAAAUAUUGUAAAUAUUCCAGCGUCGAUUGAGAAAAUUGUAAAAUGAUAAUUAUUUAUGACGAGUGUUUUUUUGUUUUGGUUUGUGUACUUGAACAUUUCUCAGGUGCUCCUGUGGACUUUUCUCUUCUUUUUUUGCUACCUUUUACUAGCUCUGGACUCACAGCGUCUGUCCUCAACCCGACUAUGCAGAAACCCACUUUUGGAAGCGCCAGAGCCAACCACUAGGGAGGGAAAGGGGGAGGGGCCAGAGUCCCAGCAUGCUUUGCAGCUGGGAGAAGGAAAAACAAAAAUGCCUUUCUUGACGCCAUGUCGACGUAUUUCUUUGUCCAAUCAGCCUUCAGUGUCUUGUCCAGACCGUGGGAACUAAUAAGAGGACUUUCGUCAGCCUUUUUAGGUGGAAACGUACUUUUUGGGAACCGUGACUGAGGCGUGUGGCGGCGCUCCAACAGGAAGUCUUUCCGCUUCCUCCCUCUUAUUUUGCCGUCUUCCUGCUUUCCUUCCUUCCUUCUUGGCGUACAAGCGUGUUUGUUUGGCUUUUCUUUUCCAACUCGAGGGAAUUUUGAACGUUUGUGCUACUGAUGACUAAAUAAAAAAAAAAGAUAUUUCCAGUAUUUGUUGCCGCAGAAGUAUCAUAGUUGACAUCUUUUUUUUUUUUUUUUUAUUUGUCCUUUUUUUUUUUUUUGGUGCAAGUUGUUGAGCUACUGUCUAUAAAGCCAGAAUUGAUGACUAUUUAUGUAACGCUACUACCAUUUUAUAUUGAUUUGUGUUGGAACUCAGUCCUUUUCUAUAAAUAAAAGUGUGAAACACGUCA